UCGACUUGGAACACGCCUUCCUUCGCGCUUCUCUUCAUUUUCGCAAGACAAAACAGAAAAAAGUUCCUCGAAAAACUCAAUCAUGUCAGUCAGUGAAGAUAAAGAAUUAGAACGUAAGUACGCCAAGAUUCAGCAAGAAGCAACAGAUCCUUUGCUGAAAUUGCAAGCUGCUUUGUUGAGAAGAGGAGUCAAUGGCAUUUCAAAGUUUGGAAGGACUUUCCGUAUUUACGAUGACGAUCGCAGUAAUGCAUUGAAUAAAGACGAAUUUGCAAAAGGCAUGCAGACAUGUAAUUCAGGACUGUCUCCACAGGAAGUGGAUGCCCUGUUUACCCAGUUUGACAAAGAUGGUAGUGGAACUGUUGACUUUGAUGAAUUCAUUAAGAAUCUUAGGCCCAAAAUGAAUGAUUCCAGGACAGGAGUGGUCAUGCAGGCAUUUAACAAAGCUGAUAAGACAGGAGAUGGAGUGAUAACUGUCAAAGACCUUAAAGGAGUUUAUAAUGUCAGGAACCACAAGAAAUACCAGAGUGGUGAAUGGGACGAGAAAAGAUGCCUAGAAGAAUUCCUCAAGAACUUUGACAGUACAACAGAUCCUGAUAACAAAGUUACCAAAGAAGAGUGGCUCAACUACUACACAGGAUUAAGUGCAAGCAUUGACAACGAUGCUUACUUUGACCUGAUGAUAAGAAGUGCCUGGAAGCUGUAGAAUACCUUGUUUACACUUUCUCUUUCAGCGAUGUAUUAAACUCUCUGAUAUUAGCACUUUGGAUAAAAUAUUGUAACGUAACAACCGUACUCAGUUUUUAACUAUUGUAAUAAAGAAAGACUUUUCUAGCUUUAAUAUAAUAAUUCAAAGAUUCUAGUACAAAAAUAGUAUCAUAUUCUACUUUUCCUAUUCCAAGAUUUUAUCUUGUUUUAUUGUAAUUUUGUUUAUCGUUUUUUAAUUAAUAGAAAGUUUUUUUUUUCUCUUAGUGCAGUUAUUUAACUACAUUAAACUCUUCUAGUAAAUAAACUAUGAAUUCUAAAAAUG